AUGACACUCAGGAGGAAGUACACUAUCCGCCUUAUCAAACAUGAUUCUGAUGUUCCAACAUGUGAAUGUCAAUUUGUAAAAAUAACUUUGGAGACAGGUUAUGCUUUUGUCUUGUUGUCAUUGUUUGACUUCAUUAGAAGAUCCCUGUCGAUCGCGGUUAGCCAGCCGGUGAAGAUGGAGAUGAGCUUUGGUUAUCUGAAGGCUAAUGAGUCCAUCUUGCCCGUGAACGUACUUUGUAUGGCCCUUCACUUGAGACCUGUUUGGCACGGGAGGCCCUACCGGAAGCAUUUCCCACCACCAGCAUGGCUGGCAACCUGA